CGGCUGCAGUAGUAGUUGAUCGAUCGCGCAACGCGCACGGGCCGCUCCUGCGCAUCCGACUCCCGCGAUCCAAUGAAUUAACUAUCAGCCAUCAUUAUGACGUUAAGAACUUUUAUACUAUCGUCAAUAUUUUUAGUAGUAAGUGUGCAUGGACAGAAAACUUCGCUCACAGGCACGCCCUUAGAAUGUCCGUCGCCCGACAAGGGCGACAACUACACACAGUCGGAGUUCCUGUCGCGGCUGGCGCACGAGUGCCGCUACGACCGGCUGCUGCUGCCCACCUACCAGACCUCGGAGGUGGUUUACGUGCACGCCAGCGCCUAUAUUUACUUCAUACAACCCGCUGAGGCGCAUGACUUGAACUUCAAACUCCAUUUUCUUUUACAACUAAGGUGGACGGAUGCCCGGUUAGCGUACACUCUUUACUCGCCGCAACGAACCAAGAUUAUUGGAGAGAAUGAUCUGCGCCAGCGGAUCUGGGUGCCUCACCUGUACAUGUCGAACGAGCAAUCGUCCAGCCUGAUGGGCACCGACAGCAAAGACGUGCUCAUAUCCAUAGCACCCGACGGAGAAGUGCUCUUCAGCCGACGUAUGCAGGCAGUGCUUUACUGCUGGAUGAAUCUCCAAAAGUUUCCAUUCGACGAACAAACUUGCUCGAUGAACCUGGAGAGCUGGAAGUACAACGCAUCGAUUCUGCGGCUGAUGUGGGAGAAGGACAACCCGGUGCGUUUAUCAUCGGAGCUUCACCUCACAGAAUACUCGCUGAUAGACUACUGGACCAACGAGUCAGUUGUGCGAGGCGACAUUGUAAAUAUGCGCCUAGGAGGAGGUAGAUCCGGCAACUACAGCGCGCUGAAGUUCACCUUCAAGCUGGGUAGAGAGGUGGGAUACUACCUGAUGGACUACUUCAUUCCAUCCAUGAUGAUAGUGGCCAUGUCAUGGGUCACAUUCUGGCUGCAAGCUGACGCCUCCGCGCCUAGAAUCACCUUGGGUACGAGCACGAUGUUAUCGUUCAUAACGCUGGCAUCCUCACAGGCGAAGACGCUGCCCAAGGUGUCGUACAUCAAGGCUAGUGAAAUCUGGUUUCUCGCUUGCACCGGGUUCAUUUUCUCAGCGCUAGUUGAGUUCGCCUUCGUUAACACCAUUUGGCGCAGAAAGAAAGCGGUGAGCUUGAAGAAGGUCAACAGCAAGUACAUUCUGAAGAGCACGCUGACCCCGCGGUUGGCGCGCAAGGAGUUGCAGAAGGAGCUACAGGAGUCGUCGCCGCAGCUCAGCAAGUCACGGUCGUGCUCGUCGCUCAACCAGGAGACCAGCUCCGACCCCGCCGGGCCUGGAUACAACAACUAUCUUACUGUUCACAGUUUCCCAUCUGCAAUGAACCUGCCGACGAUCACGACGCAAAGCUACGACGAUCUGGUCCCGGCGCCAGGCGGCCGGCAGACUGCGGGCGCCGGCAGCGAGGGCUCCGACGACCCGCCCAAGCACCACACCUGGACUACAAUGACCCCGCAGGAGAUCGCCACCUGGAUCGACAAACGAUCUCGCUUCAUGUUCCCCCUCAUGUUCAUCUUCUUCAACAUUAUUUACUGGACAUUUGUCUACUGCCUGUGAUUGGUCAAAAUUUGUCGUGAUCAAAAUGUAAUUUUGAAAUAAGAAAUUGGACAUACAGUAGAAUCCGUUUAUUAAAGCGACAUCCAUAGUAUGCGACAUGAUUUACGUACUUA